AUGGAGACUCCCAACCCGCCAAAGCAAACGAACGCCUCUUUUCGUUUCCUAGAUCUCCCCUUUGAAAUCCGUGAUGAGAUCUAUUCAUACUGUAUCCCUUACCGUACCCAUUUUGAGGAAAUACGCUAUUUCAGAGCCCGAGCUAGCUUUCCGCAGCCAGUAGUAAAGAAAUCAAACAUCAAGAACAAGACUGCCCUGCUCUGCGUCUCAAAGCAAGUUAGCGAGGAAUGCCUGAAUAUACUCUACGGCAGGAACCGGUUCUAUAUCACCCUCAACGCCGCGAAACGUUGCCUCCUUGCCAAUCGCAUCACAACAGAGAACAGAGCUAGAAUCAGAGAUGUGGUGGUUAUUGUGCGACAUAUGGGCCCCGCAUACGGACUACCACCACCGGUACCUGCAGAUGGACUGUGGUCUUCCCUACUUCCUGGCCUAAGACAGUUGAAAAUCAUUGCCGAGCAACCUGUGCAAUCCCCACAUUCACCCUUUGACCCAGCCUUCGAUGAAAAGGUCAAAAGCUGGAUCAAGUGGUUCGGUCCUUUAAUGGAGUGCUUCGCAAAAUACUUGACCUCCUAUACCGUCGUUGAGGUGGACGAGAACGGAAAAGACGUCACUACAGAGCUUGUCAGGCAAUAUCUCCCGUAUAGGCCCCGGAUGGUCAGGGAUGAUAUCCAUGGCGACUUUAUCUUCCAGAGGGGACGCUUUGCCAUACACGCAUAA